UACUCCGUCUCACACUAGUGCCUGUGUGUGUGCGUCUGUGUGUGUGUUGAUGACCACACUGCCUCUGUGGGAUUAGUAGCCACAUGACAACACUGGGCUGGACGCCCACUGAGCCCUUCAUUGUGUUUUGCUCGCAGCAGACGCAGUCUCACUGCAGCCGCUUCACUGAAAGCUGGAGAUUUCCAGGCUUCAUUUGUAUGAUCCUGUAAAUGAGGUCGAAAGCGGACAGACUCUGUUGUGAUGGAGCAGGACGUUGCCAGUUUAGGUGGAGAGGACUACUUUGCGGGGAACUCGCCCUGUUGCUCCGACUCUGAGGCUUUGAGUCAAGGAGACAAAGAUUCUGCUGACAUCUUGGAGCUGAAUCAGUUUGAUGGACUUCCUUAUUCAUCUCGGUUUUACAAACUGAUGGAGGAGAGGAAAGAGCUGCCAAUGUGGAGGGCAAAGAGUGAAUUCAUGGACACGCUGGCCAAUCAACAGUUUGUUGCUGUCAGUGGCUUUGCCAAAACAGGAAGAAGUUCUCAAAUUCCCCAGUGGUGUGCUGAGUUCUGCCUGUCAGUCCAGUUCCGGCACGGCAUGGUGGUUUGCACCCAGAUCCAUUCCCAGCAGGCUGUUGAUCUGGCCCUGAGAGUGGCAGAUGAGAUGGAUGUGAAUGUCGGCCAUGAAGUGGGUUACAGCAUACCUCUGGAGAAAUGUUGCGCCAGUGAGACGGUACUAAGGUUCUGCACAGACAACAUGCUCCUCCGGGAGAUGAUGUCCGACCCUUUGCUUGAGCGCUAUGGUGUGGUGAUUGUGGACCAGGCCCACCAGAGGACUGUAGCCGCCGACAUACUUCUUGGCCUGCUGAAGAACAUCACUCUGCUGAGGCCAGAGCUGCGAGUGGUUGUCAUGUCGGCUGUCGAGCCCACCCCAAAGCAGCUGACCCACCUCUCAGGGUCAGAGGUGCCCGUGAUGCGCAUAGAGACGCAGGGUGCAGGGGAGGUGGUGUACACCAGCUCCGGCGGCAACUACUUCUGCUCAGCUCUGCGUCUCGUUCUGGAGAUCCAUCACUCUGAGGAGUGGGGCGAUGUGGUUGUGUUUCUAGUCACAACGCAGGAAAUAGACCUGGCCCAUGACAUCCUGUGUCACGAAGGGCGCAGCUUACCACCCCACCUGGGCGAGUUGGUUCCAAUCGUGAUGCAUCCCGGCCAACCAGGGAGUCUGCCGGAAACAGAGCGGGCACGGAGAGUGAUCCUCACAAGCAGCCCGAAUGAGGACUUCUUCUGGGCUGUUCGUUCCAUAAGAUUUGUUAUUGAUGCUGGUCUGGAGAAAAGAUGGGUCUUCAACCCCAGAAUCAGGGCAAACUCAGCCGUUAUCCAGCCGAUCAGCGCAGGUCAAGCAGAGAGUCGCAAACAGUUGACAGGCCCGGAUGGGAAAUGUUUUUGUUUGUAUCCAAAUGAUAGACAGCUUCCUGCAGAGGUUCGCCCUCAUAUUGUGGAGUCUGACAUCGCCUCCACUGUGCUGUUCCUCAAGAGGAUGGACAUCUCUGGGAUGGGUCACUGUCACUUCAUAGACAGACCAGAUCCUGAAGGUUUAAUGCAGGCCCUGGAGGAACUAGACUACCUAGCAGCUUUAGACAAUGACGGCAACCUCUCUGAGAUGGGCAUCAUCAUGUCUGAGUUCCCCCUGGAGCCGCAGAUGGCUAAAACCGUGCUGGCCUCCUGUGAGUUCGACUGCGUCAGCGAGGUGGUCAUCAUUGCUGCCAUGUUAACAGUACCAUCUUGCUUCAUUGACCCUCCUGGGGAGCUGAAAGCAGAGGCAAACCGCAGCCACAUGAAGUUCCAGCACCCAGAAGGAGACCACUUUACCCUCAUCAACAUCUACAAGGCCUUCAAGCAGCAUCAGCAGGAUCCAUACUCUAACGAAGAAAAGUGGUGUCAGGAUUUCUUCCUGAGCCACACGGCUCUGCUGAUGGCCGACGCCCUCCAUGCUGAGCUGACAGACACUCUGAAGAGGAUCGAGCUGCCUAUCUCGGUACCCGCCUUUGGAUCUCGAAGCAACACCCUGAACGUGAAGACUGCGCUGCUCGCCGGUUUCUUCAUGCAGGUGGCACGGGAUGUAGACGGGUCCGGAAACUAUUUUAUUUUGACGAACAAGCAUGUGGCACAGAUCCAUCCCCUCUCUGGCUAUGGAGCCAAAAGCCCUAAGCGGGGCCUGCCUGAGUGGGUGCUGUUCCACGAACACAGCUUCUCAGAGGACAACUGCCUCCGUACUGUAACUCACAUCACACCAGAAGAGUUCAUUCAGAUGACACCUCAGCAUUUUUUUCACAAUCUGCCACCGAGUGAGAGCAAAGACAUCCUCCAAAACCUUUUCCAUCACGCGGCUCGUCGGUGCAGGGAGGAGAAACGUCCGUCACAGGAGGAGCGACAGCAGGAGCAGACCUCGGAGCGCUGCGUCUUACAGUAACCAGCAGAACCCCCGUUAUCUGCAGGAGUAACAACACUGUGUGGUCCACCUGAGCCCAGUCCAGAUCACUGCAACACUUUCAAAUCAAACCUGAUCCCUUCAGUUUUUCUUUCUUUACAUUUUUAUGUUGAUAAUUGAACUAAUUUAUACAAAAAUAAAUGAACAUUUUCAUCUGG